AUGGUGGAUUUCCCAGUCUUGCCAGACUUCUCCCAGCAAGUACCUCUGUCCAACAAUCUCUUCUUAUUCACACAUCUCCUUCUUCUUCUUUGGCCUGGAGAGAUGAACUCAGAGGAGGUCAGUGUGGUAGGCCCUGGGGAAUCCAUCCUGGCACUUGUGGGGGAAGAAGUGGAGUUCUCAUGCCACUUGUCACCAUACCUGGAUGCUGAGGAUAUGGAGAUCCGCUGGUUCCGGAGUCGGACCUCUGAAGUGGUCCACCUGUACCAGGGGCGGCAGGAGCUCUACAGCCAGCAGAUGAUGCAGUUCCAGAACAGGACCAAACUCCUCAAAGAUGAUAUCAUGGAUGGUAGUGUGAACCUGCAACUCCUUGGCAUCAUUCCUGCUGAUGAGGGCCUGUAUGGGUGCCGUUUCCUCUCCAGCAACUUCUCUAGGGAAGCAGUCUGGGAGCUGGAGGUAGCAGGGAUGGGCUCAGACCCUCACAUCUCCCUUGAGGUCUUCAAGGAGGGAGGCAUUCAGCUGAAGUGCAGUUCCAGUGGCUGGUACCCCAAGCCCCAGGCUCAGUGGAAAGAUCAUAAAGGACAGUGCCUGCCUCCAAAGAUGGAAGCCAUAGUCCAGGAUGCCCAGGGCCUGUUCAAUCUGGAAACAUCUGUGAUUGUUCAAGGGGGUGCCCACAGUAAUGUGUCCUGCUCCAUCCAGAACUCUCUCCUGAUACAGAAGAAAGAGUUCACCAUCCAGAUAGCAGAUGCAUUUUUACCCGGAACCUCACCCUGGAAGAGAGCUUUCCUUGGGUCUCUGGUGGGACUGCCAUUCCUCCUGGCUUUUCUCUUGACGCUGGCGCUGUACUUCUUUCAGAAGCAACGUAGGUCCCAAGAAAAGUUGAAGGAGCAGGCUGAGAAGGACAAAGGGAGACUCACAGAAGAGCUGGGGAAGCUUCAGACAGAGCUUGACUGGAGAAGGGCUGAAGGCCAGGCUGAAUGGAGAGCAGCCCAACAAUAUGCAGUGCAUGUAACCCUUGAUCCGGCCUCGGCGCACCGCAGCCUGGAGGUCUCCGAGGAUGGCAAGAGCGUGUGCUCUUGCGCAGCAGUGUCCGGCUCUGUGGCGGGGGACCAGCAGCGGUUCUCUGAGCAGACGUGCGUGCUGAGCUGUGAGCGCUUCUCAGCUGGCCGACACUACUGGGAAGUGUAUGUGGGACGGCGCAGCCGCUGGUUCCUGGGUGUGUGUCUGGCUGCAGUUCCCCGCUUGGGGCCAGUGCGCCUAAGCCCGGCCAGCGGUUACUGGGUGAUGGGGCUGUGGAACCAUUGUGAGUACUUCGUCCUGGACCCACACCGCAUCCCGCUCACCCUGCGCGUGCCGCCCCGGCGUGUGGGCAUCUUCCUGGACUGGGAGGCAGGAAAACUGUCCUUCUUCAACGUGUCCGACGGCUCCCACAUCUUCACCUUUACCGACACCUUCUCAGGCACGCUCUGUGCGUAUUUCAGGCCCAGAGCUCACGACGGUGGUGAACACCCGGAUCCCCUAACCAUCUGUCCAUUGCCUAUUAGGGGGACACAAGACCUGGAAGAGGAUGACCGUGACACCUGGUUACAGCCCUAUGAGCCCACAGAUCCCACCCUGGGCCUAUAG